GUGCUCUGAGCGCGAAGGGGUGCUCAACUAUUUUGCUCUGAAUUGUAAAUUUUUUACAUAUGAAUGCUAUUUUGCGAUUUAUUGGUGAUACGCUGACGGUCCUUCUAAUUUUUCGUUGAUUUUACCGUAGCGGGUCGAUAGUGAUAUCAAUUGUUAAUUAUGAAUAUCCAAGGAAUAGUUCUCGAUGAGAACAAUAAAUCUAUUCGACAAGGAAAUAAAAUUUUAUGUGACCUUGGUGUAGCAAAUGGUGGUCCUGUUUAUGAAUUUGUUGAAGUCGAUCUUCUUGCAAGCUUGAGCACUGGUAUACCAUCUGCUAAUAAUAUUCAUGAUGGUGCUGGUUCUAGUCAAAGUUACGGAGUUGAAAACAUUGAGGCCAACGCUUCCUCCAACAAAUCUGAUGCGCUCGUGGAGCUAACAGGGAACAUGGGAGAAAUACCCUGGAACUCGAAAAGGGUGAAACUAUGGAUAGAAUCCUUCAGGGAAGUUACUGAGGACAAAUCAAGUAAAAAAAUGUUACAGAAAGAAAUUUGGUUAAAAAUUGCUAACAAAGUUAACAACACAUUGACAUCUAAUGUUUCGGGAGCUCAAUGUGACUCGAAGUGGAAAGGCUUGAUGAAAACUUAUAAAAAACAUAAAAUGUCGGAGCAAACUACUGGUGAAGCCGAACACGUUAAAGAGAAUGACAAAAGCGAGCCCCAAAACAACACAAAAAUUACAGAGAAAAUGAAAAGCUGCAAAAAUAAAAAACGAAACAAGAAAUUCGUUAACACAGAAUCAGGAAAUCACACAUCGAGUGAGGAUGAAAAGCAAUCAAAUGAUAAACGUACGAAAUAUCGAAGGACGCAAUCAAUGGGGAAAGAAAUGUGCCUUUUGCUGAAGAAAAAGCAUGAAUAUGAUAAAAUAUUGAGGGAAGGGUUUGUUUCAACGUUCGAAAAGUACGUUCAGCUUGUAGAAAACGAAAACUUUAAAUUCUGUUAGUAUUAUUGUACUAACGUCCUGAAGGAGGAAGUACUAAUCGACAUCGGUAGAUAGUGACUUUAACAGGACAUGAAAACAAUAGUAAGAUUUUUUAAAUUUUUGCACAAAUAAUUUUUCUUCGCCUUUAGUUUAGUGCUAUCAGAACAUUGCAAGCACAUUUGGUUGGGUACAAAGAUGAAUAGGCUGUAGUUUCGUUUAUACUCUUCGAAUAAGUUAUAUAUUCGCAAAUGUCAGUAUUCGUAGUGGUAACUUUUUUCUCCUCAUACUUGAUCGUUAAGAAAUGAUAACGUGGUUAGAUUACAAAGUCAAUGGCAAUCUUCGUAAUUUUUAAUCGAGUGAUGUGAGUCCAUUGCGAGCACAUUUCGUUAAGUCUAAUAAAACAAGGCUGUCGUUUUGUUCAGACUCUUUAUCUGUCAUUUGUUGAAUCCAAUGAUUUAAAAAUAUCAGUAUUUAAAUAUUAAUAAGGAUUUUAGUUUAUAUUUGCAAUUGAUGUUAAGAAAAUCAUAUUUUUGUUUUGUUGCAAAGUAUAAAUUAGAUUUUUUCAACUUACUUUUAUAGAAUAGCUUGUGAGUAAAUUUAGUUGAGUCUGACACAAGGUCCUGUACAAUGGAUUACGAGUAAAUUUAGUUGAGAACCCAAAGAUUGGAAAAGACUAUUAUUCAUAAUUGUAGAGCUUUUUGUUUAGCACUUCAUACAUUAUAACGCAUCUUAUUUUUGUUAUGUUGCAAAGUGCAAAUAAAAUUUUAGCACUUCUUCAUUAUAAGCGUUAAAAAUUAAAGCAUUGUGAGAGCGUUGAGGGCACCAAAGACUUAAUAGUUAAAGUUUUAUAGCAGUAAAAGUGUUCUUAUAUACGUAUCAGAUUAUAAGGAAGUUACGUUUUUCAUGGGCGAUAAUCUGUUAAGUUACCUGCUGUUAGUGCAUGAUCAGCAAAUAUGUAUUAUAAACUUCAUGAAAAUAAAAUGUCUGUUUUCAUGCUCAUGAA